CUUUAUAGCGAGAUAAAUGUGACUUCCGCAUCCGUCAAGUUGGAUCUCGCGGAGAGGAGAGAAGCAUGUCGCUCGUGUCAGCGCUCGAGCAACUCAUCAAGUCUUACAAAGUCCACCAAACCGAGAUUCAUGACAGUAUUCAACUACAUAGAAAGCUGCUGCAGAGCUUAGAACCACAUCCAUUGGCAGGCUCUGAGGAAUCUGAAGUAGUAGACAAUGCCGAAACAGGUGCUGCUGCCUCACCGGGGGAAAGGGAGGAUAUUGAACUGCUAGAACGAGCAUUGGAGACAGCCCUUCGAGUCCGUUCGAGCUCAGAGCCUUCUAAAAAACACCCUGUGAAAAGCAAACUAUAUGGAUCUUCAGGGGAGCCAGGCAUUGCUAUUAGCUCUCCCAUGGAUGCCCCGCAAUCAUCUGCGUCAUGUAAAGAGAGUCAUGCAACUGUCAAAUUAACCUCUAAAUCUGGCAGCCAUGCUAGAAAAGUCCACAGAAAGGCUGGAUCGUCAGUGUGUUCCUCUCUGGUAUCAAGACCUGCAAACAGCAACUGCCAUAAACAGCCGAAACCUACAACUAACAAGAAGAUGAUCCAAAAGCAUCCCGUUUCAUCUGUCAGGGUUUUGAACCACAAGGAUGGAUCAGGGUUCGGCUCUGCCGUUCACAUGUCAACGUUGCCCGACAAGACUGUUAAAAAGGACGUGCCGAGUGCCAGCGAGCUGGGAAAAACUGCAUCUGUCGCCACACCUUUUUCAAAUACGGUGGUGGCUUCUUCACAGGCGGAUGAGUCUAGAGCAGGCAGUGUGCAUCAGCAGAUUGGAAGGGCGUCCUCUGAUCAGGCAACUAAGUGGCAAUCUUUAAGAAACAAGCAAAACAGACUGUGGGACAAAGUCAUUGCCCUGCAGAGGAAACCUGUUCCUGGGAGGAGUCGCUUCAUGGAGAGAAUGAGAGCUACGUUUCCCAAAGAUUGGCCAUGUGGCAGCCCCGAUCAGACCAGAGCUGUGGUGGACAGACUGACUCACAGAGGACAUGACCUCCUGCUGCUCCGUCUAGCAAAGGAGGCUCCUGAGGAAGAGACCUCGGAGUCAGACAAAGCGCUGGGUCAUAAAGAUAACAGCUCUGAUUCAAGUUGGACAAUCGAAGAGUUGAUGCUGACAGCAGAGGAGCUCCAGAAAUCUGCACAUAAAGUGAAACAAGAGUGGAAAGCAUGGGAUCGAUGGAGGCCAGAGGGAGGCUGUCUUUGCACCACCGGGGCAGAUGGUGUGUGGGGAGAUGGGAUAGCUGCACCCCUGCCCCUGACUAUCACCUACACAGCAGCGGAAGAGCUCCAAGAGCUGGAGAGGCUGCGCAUGAGGGCGGCGCUGCUGCAGCAGGAGAUUCACCUUGAAGAGGCUCUGUUGGACACGCUGUCCCCUCAGGUUUCUUCGAUAGAGCCUGGACCUGGAUGCCCCAGCGCCACUGUGCUCAGAGAGCUGUACUCGCUGCUGGGGGAAGGAGGGGAGCGCUUUCCUGCCAUUGUCCUGGACUCUGAGUCUGACUGACUGCUGAGCAGGUCGCACUGAGUCUCAGUUAUUAAGCACAGCUACAGGCGUGAAUACUUGCAGUCACAUUCCUUUGACUCAGUCACUGAAUUUAAACAUGAAGUUUUACAAAUAUUAUAAAUAUUGACGACAGGGUGCCCACCAGUUGUCGCACUUUAUAUCAAAAAUACCUGUAAAUGCAAGUAUCUAUUGUUGUAUAUCUCUGUUUGGUUCUUCUUUCAGCAAAUAUUGCACAGGGUAAGGUCCUACAACUUCAGAGAGUAGC